CUCUUGCUGAAGAGAAGGCAGGUCUUGUUCUCAGAUUGGAAGGAAAUGGCACCAGUCACGUUGCCUCCAGGCUUCCGGUUUCAUCCCACCGACGAAGAGCUCGUCGGAUAUUAUCUCAAGAAGAAGAUCAAUGGGCAUAAUCUUGAGCUGGAAAUCAUCCCUGAGGUUGAUCUCUACAAGUGCGAGCCAUGGGAGUUACCAGAGAAGUCCUUCUUGCCGAGCAAAGACCUGGAAUGGUACUUCUUCAGCCCCCGAGAUCGGAAGUACCCCAACGGAUCGAGGACGAACCGAGCAACUCAAUCUGGUUACUGGAAGGCCACAGGGAAGGACCGAAGAGUGAGCUCCCAAAGGCGAGCUGUGGGCAUGAAGAAGACGCUCGUUUACUACAGAGGGCGAGCGCCGCAUGGCUCUCGUACGGAUUGGGUCAUGCACGAGUACCGCCUCGAUGAGAAUGAGUGUGAGACGACGGCCUCCGGCUUCCAGGAUUCUUAUGCUCUAUGUCGCGUGUUUAAGAAGAGUGCACCAGGCCCUAAGAUCUUAGAGCAUUAUGGUUCAUCUUGUAAAGGAUCAACUGAGCUUUCACCAACAGUUAAUGGGAAUUGCUAUCCUUUUCCACCUGAGAUUUGCUCUUCCAAGAUGGUUCAAGGAUCCUCACCUAAUGUAAGUGCUUCUGCAGAUGUCAAGUGGAUGCAGUAUCUGUCACCAGAAGCAUUCACCGAUGCUCCUCCGUUUCUUGAUCCAGCAUGCUUCCCCUACAUUCCAUCGAAGGUAGACAUAGCCUUGGAGUGUGCAAGACUACAACACAGGCUCUCCUUGCCGCCCUUGGAAAUGGAUGACUUCUCACAGAACAGUCUCGCCGACUCAAACAAUGCCUCGCAUUUGGGUGGACAUCAAGAAAGUGCAAGUCAAGCGGACGUCGUUUUGCGAGAGAUCUUAUCGGUUGCCUCGGCAUCUCAGGAGCCGACGAUGUGCAGCUCCGACUACCCUAAUGUAUUUGCUGGAAGCAGUACUCACUUCGAUGAAUUUGCAUGUCUGUUGGGACUUGAGAGAAGAACAGAAGGCAUGCCUUUUCCUGAAAUAAACGACUUCGGAGAAGAGUUGAAGGAAGAGCAUAAGACAGCGGAGAGUUCAACAGAUGAGGAGAAGCUGAUCAUAUCUACUAAGAUGGCUACAUAUCGAGCCUUUGCGUUUGAGAGAUUAGAAGUACAUGUCGAUGGUUUUAGCAGGUUUCAGGCGCACAACCUCAUGAAGAACAGCAAGGCUAUACCAAGUCACGUAAACGCUCCCUCUUAAUCCACCCAUAGAACACGCAGUGGCAUGCCGCAAGUUGCUUCAGUUCUCAUCUCAGGGAAGACGAUCCAUCAAAGAUGUCAAAGACAUAGAGAAGGGAAACCCUGAUAUUGCAACCAAGAAAAAGAUGGAAGCACAUCAACAUCACUGUUGUUGUGCUUCAGAGACUAACCAUUAACCUCCGCAACUAGCAUUUCCUUGCAGGAAGAUGACAUUUGAUCUUGUGCUUUUUUACAAAUGCACAGUUAAUUAUGGAUUUGCCUCUGACAAGGCAAAUUAUUACACUACCACUGUAAUCCAAAUCCUCGUUGUUGGCAUUCAAACCUAAACUUACGUAGUAGUGAUUGA